CGUGCAGGACAGCGUGCUGGAGUGUGGACCUGCUCCUCACUGUCGGAGGGCAGCUGAUGGUUAAGUAACACGCAGAUCAGCCUUGUGAGUCGUCAGCCUCCAGUUUCCAGUGCCCUUUGGAAACGAUCAAACAGGGCUGGGGUUUUUGUUUCAUUUUCUUUUCUAACGUGGCCGCCAGAAGGAACGCGCGGACUUUGUCUUCAGACGGUGCUUGGCAUGGAUUGCGUGAUCAAAAGAGAAGAGGAAUUGCUUUUGUGUGACAUCAGCUCGGGGCUUAACGCUUUCACAUCUUUCUCGCAGGGAAAAAGGUAGGAGUAUCACCAGUGCCAUGAUCAGAAGCCUGUUGUGCGCAGCGCAGUUGCGGGGAGACCUCACAGCUGGGGGCCAGGCCCACCCGGCGUGGACCCCGCAUCACCGUGCAGGCAUGAACGCAGGAAGGACGUUUAUCUGACCCUCGGCGGUCUUGUCCAGCGGGGGUUCCCCAGGAAGCGCUGCUCGGGAUUUGAACUGCCAUUAGGAACCCGGCAGGCCUGGCACGUUAACGCUUUUGCCAAAAUGGCUGUACCUUUUGAAUUGCGGCAUCUAAAGUCUCCAAAGAGCGCGUGGUAGGUGCCUCGUGGUACUUGGGGAGCAAAUAAAGGAACAACUUCUGUUGCUCUAACAGAAGAGAACACUCACCGUCCCCUCGUCUGCGUCUCUGAUGCCCCGUGACCUCCGGUACUCCGCGGCCAGGCCUGUGCUCAUCUGUUCACAUGUUCAGGGAGAUUCCUCGUUCCCUGAGAAGUGGCUGCUGUCCCCGUCUCCACAGGGGUUAGGUGCCCCGCAGCCCCGCAGCGCCCACAGGGACGGGGAUGCCCCAGGGGAGGCUGGGAGCUCCAGCUGCCACCAGGAGGCGCUCCGGAGUCCGUGGGAGAGGUGCCCUCCGGUGGAAGCUGAAGAAAGGGUUCUGAGGACCCUGAGGUGAAAUCUUUUCCGGAAGAAUUUCCCAGUAGCUGACUUGGCUGGUCGUGACUUGUCCCAACAGAGGCAGCGUGCGAUGAUCCCUUUUCACUGGCGGGUUCUGGCAUUAGAUAUACCGCAAGAGCGCGCUGACUCUGCAGCUGUAAACACGAUGUCUGGGAUGUUCUCUGGACCCGCCAUGCCUGCUUCAUGCACUCACAGGGAAAUGAACUUGCUCAAGGUCGCCGGUGAGGGCAGGGCAUCCACAGGACCGUGCGCGGCUUCCGUCUCUUAUCCGUGAGGCUGAUGUGUGUGUGACCCUGGAGCCUCUGCUGUUGAUCGACGGGCCUCUUUUCAAGCUGGGUAGUGACGCGUCCCUGCCCACGGGGUGCGUGUGCUAGCCACGGAAUUCCUGUGUGAAAUCUUUCCUUUGCGCAGGCUCAGCUUUCAAGGAGAGAAUAAAGGGGUUCUAGAGGCCAUCGCUUGUCCUGAACUUGAGGGCAGAUCUCAGUUCUUACCCUUUGAAUCUGCCUUAAAGGUUUGAGGAGACAACAGUGCUGAGUUGCGGAUGGCAGGCAGGAGAAACAGGUGGGAACCAGGCCGUUCUCCCGCGGUUCACAAAGCAAGCAUUUCAAAGGAAGGAAGGGAUGACCCGAAUAUUUGUUUUUAAUGGCGUUCCCUGGAUGCAGUUGUCAGACUUUCUCAUGGUCACAGGAAGCCUUGGCGGGAGGCUUGUCAAGAUGCAGGUGCCCGGGUGUGGCCGAGAGUCUCAGGCCCGUCUAAGACGCCAGGACGUCGGCCUAAAACCCCAGCUGGAGCAGCUGGACGUGUGCAGACCCUGCGGCGAGGCGGCCGACAGUGACAGCAGGCCCAGCUCAGGCUUCUACGAGCUGAGUGAUGGUGGUUCCUGCUCCCUGUCGGCCUCCCGCACGUCCGUGAGCAGUGACCGCGUGUACUCCUUGGGCACUUUGCUGCCAGCUGACCCCACGGCCAGGCCCCGGUCAGCCGACGACACCACCGUGCAUGGAGCCCCCCUGCCCACCUGUAGACCGCAGGCCACCGAGGAGGGGGAGUGCAGGCCCAGGCCGGUGUCUACAGGUGAUCUCGAAAGAGUCCUGCCGUCUGCGGUGGUGCCCCAGAAAGCCAGCACAGACCCCACAUCCGCGACCCUCCUCUGCCACGGGAUGGGGCUGCCAGCCCACGGGCCGGACCCCAAGUACCGGCGUGACCUGGUGUCCAUGGGGGGCAGGGAGGUGUACCCGUACCCCAGCCCCCUGCACGCUGUAGCUCUGCAGAGCCCGCUCUUCGCUCUGCCCAGGGACGCCCUGCACGCCGACUCCCAGCCACCCCCUAGGAAGCCCCCUCCCGGCCCCACAGGCCCGUCGAUCCCGACAAGACCUGUCCUUGAGGCCGGCCCCGCUGCAGCCUAUAUAGACAGGCUACUGAGGCUGCGGGCCCGAGGGACCCCCGCGAGGAGCAGCGUGGGUGAGCAGGGGCCCCCAUCCCUGCAGGCACUUGGUGGCCAGAGAGCAGACGGUCCAGACGGCCUAGAGAAGCUAGUGUGCACCCCCGGGAGAGCAGGAGCGGGCAGGCUGGCCCAGAGAGGGGACGCCAGCAGGGACCGCCUCGAGCAGCAGGGUGUGGGCACCCCGCGCCCCAGCAGCCUUCCAAAGGGGGGACCCAAGCCCUCCAGUGGCUGCGUCCGUGGGGACACCGUGCUGGGCUCCCCUCCGCCGAGGUGUGGGCGUGCCCAGGUGGCCGCCAGCAGUCAGGAGAGGACAGUCCUGUCGCCUGCCAGGAAGGCAGGAGGAGAGAGCCCCGCUCUGGCCCCCGAGGGGUGUGGCCGCCCCCCAUUUGCUGUCAGCGGAGCUGCUCUCCCGGGGCUAAAAGCGGGCGCCCCCAGGACAAAGGCUGUGAAGAUCAGGAGAGGGGCCAGUGACAAGGUCCUGAGGUUUGGGGGGCAACCGCCAGCGGGGGGUGCCCUCGCCACCCCCCAGCUGCCUCCCGAGUGGGGGGCCGGUCUCAGGAGGAGGCCCACGCCGGCCGGGGUGGCGCCCAGCCGGUCCUGCUCCGAGCCCAGACUCUACCCCGUGCCCUUCCUGGUGCCCCUGCUGGUGGCCCGACGGGAGGCCCGCGGGGGCCCCGCGCUGGCCUUGUUCCCCUCAGAAGCGGCUGCUGUGGCGGCCGGGGGGGAGGCACAGAAACAGCGCCGGUGGCUGUCCUCCGUGGAGGUCUCGGGCGGCCUGGGGCCCCACAGGCCGGCAGUGAGCAGAGGGGGCGGGCAGCGGCCCGUGUGCGUCCGGGCCAGGCCCAGGCUGCCCCCCCGGGCCCCCCGCGCCAGGAGCGAGUCAGAGGGCUCCGAGCACUCUGCCGAGGGUGCCUCCCUGCCUCCGUCCGCUGCCACCGAGACCAGCGAGGACGACAGGGCCAGCGACCACACUGCCAGCUGCUUUGGGGACAAGGAGUCCAGCAGCAGUGACUCAGAAGGCGGGGCCUGGCCUGGGGCGCGUCCCCCACAGCUCCCGCGGGCCCCAGCCGCCCGCAGGCCGCCCCUGCCCCCCGUGCCCAAAGUGUGCCGGAUCAAGGCCUCCAAGGCCCUGAAGAGAAAGAUCCGGAGGUUCCAGCCGGCGGCACUGAGGGUCAUGACCAUGGUGUGAGGCCCGCAGGAGACGGCCCGGGGCGUCCCCGCCCGCGCCAGGGAAGCCGUCCUGAGGAACCGCGAUGACAGCAGGCGACCAGCCCCAACAGGUGGACGGCCGACCAGAACUUGGGAAAAACCAUGAGAAAACUAGCCAAAGCGUCUGUGGGUUUGUGGACAUUCAUGUAACAGGCAGCUAGUUUCAGGAUGUGGUUUAGAGAUAAACAUUUUAAAAAGCAA